AUGGAUGGAUAGGCAGAUUAAUGCAUAGCUGAACAGAUGGAGGAAUUUUUGGAUGGGUGCACAGAUGAUGGAUGGACAAGUGGACAGACAGGUGGAUGGAUGUACACACAGGUGGAUUGUCAGAGGGAUGGAUGAAUGCGUGGGUGGAUGGGUGGGUGGGCAGCCUGUCUAAGAGCCUGAAGGAUGGACAAACUGCUGUGGAGUGAACAAAACCUUCUGGCUCCUCCAGCACUCCAGGACUGCCCUGAGCACAGCCCUGCCCACCCCAGCCCCAUGGAACCCACCCCAUCUGCCACCUCUGCCGGGGAGGCCGCGGGGAGGAGGAAGAGGAGUUGUCGUCAGAGGCAGCUGGUGGAGGAAGCAGGCCAUGCAGGUCGUGGUGCGGCCGGGGCAGGGAAAUUUUGGGAAAAGAAAGCACUUCUAAAAGUGAGUCACCGCUGCAUCCUUCCUCCUGGAAGGAGCUGUUAAUUUCUGGGUUGUCGCCCUGCACCACCACUGAACUCUCCAAAUGCGUAAAUUCGGCCACGGUCACCAAAAUCAGCGGGAUUGCGACACGCCUCAAAAUGCUGAUGGGAGACAUUCAUCUCUAAGGACUGGGAAAACCCCUGCCGGGAAGGGGAGCCCAGGGGGGACAAGGGGCACUGCCCUGGGUGCUGCUGGUGGUGCCGAGGCCGUGCCAGCCCCAGGGCAGUGCCGGUGGGGCCCUGCAGAGCCCCAGGGCAGUAGCGCUGCCUUGGGCAGCACCCAGCACCCUCGGUGUUCCUGUGGGUGCUGCCGGACAGGGAGGCUAAGCCUGGUGUCCCUCACUUGGUUCAGCACCCAAAUUUGUCACCCAUAGCCUUGGGUGGGUGUGACCAGGGGGAUGGAGCAUCCCCAGAGCAUCAGGAUGCCAUGCACUUCCCAUACUUCCACCUCCCUCCUUGCCAGGGUAGAUUUUUGUCUUUCACAGCUGGAUCUGGGAUGCGAAACAACCCGUGGUGGCACAUGGGUGACAUCUCCUGUCCCCACUGUCAGCCACCACUGCCCUCUUUUGCAUUGGGGUUUCGGGGCAGCCGGCGCUGGUUUCAGUUCAACCCUUUGGGUGCUGAGCAGUGACAUCAGCGAGAAUCUGAUGUCUCUUUCCCAAGAAGCCAGGACUUGGAGGUCCUGCCAGAUCCGGGAUGAGCUGUGGGACCGCAGCCUUCCAGGCUGGACCCACCCGGACUCCCUCGAGGAACUGACUCGAAGAAAUCGCCAUCAUCCGUCCGGCCCCAUUUCCUCUCGCCGCUGCCCUCACCCUCUCAUUGGCCAUGGUUCAAUUCUCGCUGCCUUCCGUUGGGUGCGGGUGCCUCCUUCGGAGGUGGGGGUGACUCGGGUGCGUUUAAAAGCCGAGCUUCCCCAUCGCGGAGCAGUGAAGGAAGUGGUUUGCGCGCCCGGCAGCCCCGGGCGAACACCCUGCCCCGGCCAUGCGGUGCGACCGGCGGCCCUGGGGCGUGCUGGCAGGUACGUGUGUGCCCGUGUCCCCGUGUCCCCGUGUCCCCGUGUCCCCUCUGGGUCGCCCCGGCCGCGCCGGUCCCGCCGGGAGCCGCGGAGGGAGCGCGGCCGCGGGGCGCCCAUGGCGGUGCCCUGGCGGAUGGCACCGAGGCUGUGCCACAACAGUGUCGCCUCCCUCGGGCGCUGGCGGGGACGGGGACAUUCCCCGCUGUGGCACUUGGGGAGCGCUGGGAGUGGGCAGCCUGGGAGAGAGGGAAUGCUGGGAGGGGCAGGCAGGAGGGGACAGUUUGGGGACCAAUGGCAGAAGUCAGGCGCCAGCUUGCCCUAAGGGACAGAGGCUGUGUGUCAGCCCAGUGCCAUAUCCAAAGUCCUGUGGGUGACAGCGGGACUUGCGACAGUGACUGGCCAGAGUUGGACAGCGGGACUAGAUCCAGGCGUGUCGCUGCUGUCCCCUCUGCGGUGGCCCGCGCUGGCAGGGGGAGCUGCUGGAGCAGCUGCUGUGGUUGGUCUGCGCAUCCUGACUGCUACACAGCACCUCCAGCACCCUCCUCCUCCUCCCCGCCGCGUGCCCAGCAGGUUUUUGGCGCAGGGACUGUGGUGCAGACAGCAUUUCUGGAGCAGGAAUAGUGACCCUGUGAGAGAGGACUGUCCUCCUGCACCCAGCCAUGCCCCAAUGGCCCCUGACUCCCUCCUCUUCCUCUGCAGCUGUCGCCAAAGGGCUCCUCAUCCUCUGGGCGGUGCCGGGCCAGGGGGGCAGGUCCCCGCUGGCCCCCACCGUGCAGCAGAGCCAGGCGCUGGUGAGGCUCAUGGCCGAGGACGCGCAGGAGCUCUUCACCUUCUACGAGAAGGAGCAGCACCUGGACAUCCACAACAUCUGCCGCACCAACAAUACCCCCGAGUGGCUGCAGAGGCCGGCCAAGGGCCCCUGGGGGCUGCGGAGGCUGCGGAGGCCCAUGAUCCACAUGGAGCAGGCGCUGCAGGACAUCAUCCGGCACCAGCGCAACCUCCACCACCCCGAGGCCGAAAUCCUUCGCCGCUUGAGCAGGACCCACCGGAAGCAUCUUCCGACAGAAGCUGCAGGGGUGCCAGAUCCUGUGGAGCUACGCCCGCUUCAUGGCCGAGCGCAGCGCCGAGCUGGACGCCGGGAGCCGCCGGACACGCCGGAGAUCGCACCGGGGCUCGGGGCUGCCUGCGCGCCCCUAGGGCAGCCCCGCCGGCACCGGAGCUCCCGUCUGCACCUCCAUCAUCUCCAUCAUCUCCAUCAUCUCCAUCAUCUCCAUCAUCUCCAUCCCAUGUGACGCGAUCCCAACCCCGUUCCCAGGACGGAGAUGCAGCUGAUGGCCGGGAUGCACCACGGAGUCCCUCUCACCUCACCGGGUGGGCUCAGACGCACUGACAGCAUCUCCCGCCGCUUCGGCUCCUCGUGGGGACCCUGCUGUCCCCGUGCCACCACUCGGCUGCAGGACAGCCCUGGUUGGCUCUUCCACAUCCUGCCCCACUUCCCUGUGGAUCCAGGUAGCCCCGGUGGAGCCGGGUGUCCCCUGGGUCCCCAGCUGUUCCCUGUCCCCGAGCCCUGCCGGAUUUUCCAGUGAUUCAAUGGGUCGGGUGACACAGCCUGACUAAGAGCUGCUCACCCAGCACCCGCCACCGGGCCCAGGGCGAGCGCUGCUGCCACCGGUGACUGUCACCGGUGCUGUCAUGCCCUGCCUGCCCCGCGCCGGGCUCUGCUCCCGGAGAGCGGCUGGGAGUGCAAUCCUGUGUCCCUGCACAGUGUCCCUGCACAGUCUGUGUCCCCUGUGCUCGGUGUCCCCGUGCUCUCGGUGUCCCAGAGCUCAUGCCUGCACACUGGGGGUUCCCAGCAUCCCUGUCCCCUCUGUGUCCCCCCCUGAGUGUCCCAGGCCGUGCCACCACACCCCUGACCGUGCCCAGCUCUGGCCGCUGCACUGUGACAGUGGGUGACAGCCCCCACUGCCUCCCCCCUAAUUUAUACAUUUAUAUGUGUGUGUUUGUUGUAUUUAUUGAUUCUUAGGGUUAAUUUAACUCCUGCAAUGAUAUUUCUAAUAUAUAAAUAUCUAUUUUUAUUAUAUUUUUGUACUGUGUUAAACUAUGAACAUUACAAGGAUUUAUUUAUGUAUAUUGGUAUUUUUGGUACACAUAGAAGGGCAGUGCCCCUGCCCAGGUGGCAAUUCUUUAUUUUUGUACUUUGGCAGAAGGAAAUAAACUGCUGACCUUGGCCAAUAGGCCACUGA